AUGUUGACUCAAAUCACUUCACUCAUUUGUUUAGGAUCAUUGGUGGCCGCUGCACCAUCCGUCCAACCUAUCAAGAGGGACUCCGGCACUUAUGCGAACUGUAGAUCUUUCUACGCUGAUGUGUAUGCAGAGACGGACCAGAACGUAGAUCUGAAGAGUGUCAUUGGUGGUCCCCCAGCUAAUCAACAAGUGCUCGUGGAAUCUUCCAUUCAGACGUUCGCAGCUGGUUCAACCGCGAUGCAACAAAUCAUGAACGCCAACAAGAUCCCUGUCAAUGGUACAUACAAUAUGUGGUUCGAAUAUUGUGAACCCAAGAACAACAAUGGGAAUAUAUCGGGUAUCUUCCAGACUCAUCACGGUCUGGUGGGUAAUGCGGGAUAUUGGAACGUACAAUUAGAUAAUUCUCCUAACAAUUCCUUCGCUGAAAGUGCAGCUGAAGCAGGCUGGGCAACUUUAUCCUACGAUAGAUUGGGUGUGGGAAGAUCAGCUAAGCCUGAUGGUACAAAUAUCGUUCAAAUAACCUAUGAGAUAGCUCAAUCGAUCUCUAUCGCUCAAGCAUUACGAGCAGGCAAUUUGAGCGAUGUAGGUAAAUUCGAUAAGAUCGUCGGUGUUGGUCAUUCAUACGGAUCCAACCUUCUUACUGGAGUAGCUUCCGUCGGUCCUCAAGCAUUCGACGCAUUGGUCUUAACGGGUUUCACUAACAAUGCUACUCAAGGACCACUCGGUCUCGCAGCUUUCCAAUCUACCAUCGCCUCUGUAGCUUAUCCAUCAAGAUUCGCAAGUGAUGCGAAUGACUAUGUGAUCACUCCCAGUGUCUCGGUAGACCAGACGGGUUUCUUCCAUUAUCCAAACUAUACUAAUGGAUCUUUGGAUUUCUUUACGAAUAAUAAAGGGGAAUAUACAUUGGGUCAACAGAACUCCAUCGCUGCUCCACUCCAGUUGAAAAACAACUACACGUCUCCUGUAUUUGUGGUGACGGGUCAAUAUGACGCUCCCUAUUGCGCCGCGAAUUGCUAUGUUACUUCCAGCUCCAACUCCAACUCCACCACUUCUGCUGCUGGUAAUGGUACUGCUACCUCAACUCAACCCUCCCAAUUGGAUACUGCUAAGGAGUUGUACCCUUCGACCAGUACCUUCCAGACCUACGUAGUACCCGAUACAGCUCAUGGGAUCAACUAUCACACGACCGCUUAUCAGGCUUAUCAGAGAAUCAUCGAGUUUGUCAAAAGUGCCAACGUAUAA